AUGCCUACACAGUCGUCGUCAGCUACACCUGGGGUUGGUGGGGAUUCUCCAAGUCCGGCGCUCACUGACAAAUUGACGACCUCGCCACUGUCUACUGGUGUUCCCUUAGUCUUUCAGCUUUCCAAUCCCGACGUAAUUUUUGUGGGCCUCCCAGCCGUCGGCUCUGACAGACCACGUCUGGUAACCUCGCCGUCAGACAGUGCCUUCGUGGUCGCUUCGAAGCGUACUGAUGAAGUCCAUCUGCCCCAGCAAACUCAGACGUUGCCCCCUGCUGCCAGGUACACGGUAGCUUCCCCCAAACCCGGAUACCUUUUGGCUGUGUCUUCGGAAGGCAGCGUCUACCAAAUUCCAGAAAAUUACAAUGUCUGCGGCAAAUAA